UGGUGAAUUAGGCAUAGGCUCUUGAAAACUGUGUUCGGCCACCUUAAACAAUUCCGCUAAAGUAUUCACUUUCAGAAUUGAAGUUGAUUGCUGCUGACAAAAGAGGCAUGUAUUCACCACCAAAAACUUUGAUAAGCUUCUUGAGCCGGUUACUUCACUAAGAAGAAAAGCCCGUAAGGCACCAGUUUACAUGGGCUUGAACUUUACCCACGCAGGGGACACAACGGAGGUUGUGGCUUAUGUUUCUCCCAACAAAGCACGAUUUUUCACGUUAUCCGCAGAGCACUUCUUUGGAGUCGGGGAUAUCUAUAUUGAUAUUAUACCAGAGUACGGUUCAGUAUCGGUGUACGCGUCAAGAAUAACCGACACUCCAGGUCCUGAGAAUUACUCUCAAAAAGUUGGACCGGCAGGCGAAGGAGAUAACAUGCAGAUACAAUUUACGAACCUUUGUGCUGGUUACAACUCAUCUGACACUUGUCCUUCAAUCAACAUUGGAAUUUAUGGAGAAGCCUCCCUCCUAACUUGCUCAGAACGAGAUUGCAGUCUUCCCAAUCAAAUCAAGUUCAGGAUAAAACGAGGAACACCUGUGGUCAGCGGCACCGUUAAAAGCAGAGACCCUAAUGUCGUUCUGCAGUUUGCGUUGCUCUUCAGCGUGGUUUUAUUUGGUUUUUCAACUGUCAACUGAUCAUGGCUGUCUACGGAGUCCAUUCUAGAAGUGAUCAGAAGGCCAUGGAAUAAUAUUCUACCUUCUAGAUUACAGUUUCCUGUUUUUAUCGAGUCAGAUGUGUAUUCGAAUUUUUAGACUAAACAAAUGUUUUUAAAUAGAAACCGCAAAACUUGAGUAACGUUUUGUGCGCUCAGGAGAAAAACGUAAAAAAAUAAAUCGUUGUUGCUAUAGGGGGUGUACAACGUUCUUAUUAAAAAUAUAAGCCUUGAACGAGCAUGCCUUUUUUGGGAGGACAUGCUAAUGUCCGACCUAUGUAACUGAGAAGCGAAGCGGUCCUCGGGCAGGAUGGAUGGCUGUUCGAGCCGUUCAAAAUGUUCUACAGAGGCUAGUGGGGUGGGGUAAUUGUGUUGAAAAAAUCAUCCAAGCUACUUUUAGACCCAAAAAGUUAUUUACGAGCAAGUUGUUUUCGUGUUGCGUAGCUGUUUAACAACAAGUUCUUUUCGGGUGGUGUGGCUGUUUACCAGCUAGUUCUUUUCGUGUGGUGUAGCUGUUUACCAGCUAGUUCUUUGUGUGUGGCGUAGCUGUUUACCAGAACAAAACCUGAGUAUAUUUUCUUCUUCAUCAUAAUUUGAUUACAACAUGCAAACACAUUGCAUCAGAGCGGGGAUCGAUACUCAAGUAGCACCUUACUCAAGUCAAUAUAGCUGACUUUGAUCGCGUACUUGAUCGCACAAUUGUGUGACUUUGAGAUAACCUUAGAGCAUUUUUGAACAAACCUGAGCAAAAUAAUACCUAGUCUGCGUCGCAGAUACCUAUAACACAAAACGUACAGACUUGUUGUUGGCAAACAUAGUGUUUAUUGAGCUCUCAGGGAGUAUCGAGGAUGCUUCAAGGAAAAAUUAUGGUGUGCUAUGCUGCUUUUGUUUUACUUCAUAUCGAUUUAAUUAGCAGUAUUGAAAUGUGUGAUUCGUUAUUUCGAAAUAAAUCCUCUCUGGCUUACACAGAUAUUUUUUAUGGUUUCUAUAAAGCUUAUAUCCCUGAAUUAAGACUUCGACUUGGCAGCGGUGUUGCCUGCGUUGAGACAAACCCAGCCCCAAUUGUGACUGACUUUGAUGUCAGUUUAACUAUUUCUCCUCCUCACUCACAGAGAAGAUUGUGUAGCAAACUCUCUAAUUUACAUUGUUUAUCAACACCAUAGGAUGAUUUCCAGUGCUGCUGCUAUGGCUCAGAUCUUACACAAAGGGGAUUCUUUAUACAGCUUGCUGUCAAAGUGCACUCGGCAAACUUUUUUGCUUCUAUGUGAAUUACCAUAGAAAAUGUCUGUAUUUAACAUUAAUUUUAGUUUACCCUUUGGUGAACGUUUGGCAGGAAAUGUCAAAGCUCAUUUGAUAUAAAAGAAUUGUUAAUAAAUUGUAAUGAUUAUAAUUCACACCCUCUUUUAUUCUGCUUGUAGGACACCGAAAUGGUUACAUGUUAUUGACCUAGCCUACUUCACAUUUUCGGCAUAACAGACUUAUCAGUGUAAACAAGUAUAAUUUGGCCAGAUAAGGUUCCACAAGACAGUACAUAAUGACCUGAGUAGUAGAAAUCAUUCCAUAUUUGUACCGUCUGAGUUGUCAUCUGAGCAAGCUUGCAAUAAACGGUCUGUACUUGUUCUUUAA